UACACACACAUUCAUAUUCACACAUACACACACAUACACGCACAGAAUCUGACACAGUUUAGGACUCUAAUAAAUAGAAACGAAACAAACGGACUCGAAAAGAUCCUCACACCACCACCACCACAUAUCACCACUCGUGGCACAGCUGGGAGCACCAGAACUGGUCAGGAAACAUGAACAAACGUAAACUGAGCUUCAAAUGGUUCGGCAGCCUCACCAACCUCACCUUCCGGCGCUCGUCCGGCAAAGCCUCCAAGUCGGACGACAAAGGUGAGGCGGAACUUGAGACGCCGUCGUCGCCGACGUCGCAGUCCUCCGUGGAUGACAUGGACGUCCGUCCGCGCCUGCCGAGCUACGUGCGCUCCAGCGAGAUGUACAGCCACAUGGGCACCAUGCCACGGCAGCUCAGCAAGAAGAAAGACAAAGACAAAGACAAGGACAAGGACAAGGACAAGGACAAAGGGGGCGGUAAAGGCUCGCGAAAGAGCCGGGCACACCGUGGCCCAGAGCUGGGCCGCAGUCAGAGCAUGAGGCCCAUGGACCACGUCUGCGACUCGCCACUGUUGAGCAUGCUGUCCAGUCCAGGACGCCCAGCCAUGCUGCCGCAAGCUGCAGCCAAACCUGUCGCCACUAGGGGGAGCCCUAAGAAAAUAGAGGAAGAGGCAGAAGAAGGUGGCGCUGAGAAACCAACUGGAGACACAGUUGAUGGAGGGUUUAGAGCUAUUCCGGUGGAGGAGCCCAGAACAGACGGGUCUAAGAGCCCUCAGGCUGGUGAAACAGUGCCACCUGGUGGACAUUUAGCUGAAAGGCCAAAAAGCCCACAAUCCCCUUCAGCGGACACACAUCAGCCCCCGUGUCAGGUGGUGUUGCCAAUGAAGAGGGGGAGGAAGACCGAAGAGCAGAAGGAUGAGGAGAAGCAGCCAGAGAGGAGGCAGAGUCCAGCGGAGGAGGUCCAGCCGGCACAGCCAGAGAGUGACCAGCAGAGGGAGACAGACAACAGCCAAAUGGACCCUUCAGGCAACCCAGGAGAGUAUGUGCAGUUUUCCAAGGAGAAGUACCUGCUGGAGUCUCCGCCAGAGAAGCUGCGGAAGGAGCUGGAGGAGGAGCUCAAGCUGAGCAGUACUGACAUGAGGAGCCAUGGCUGGUACCAUGGACACAUCCCACGCGAGGUGUCGGAGACGCUGGUCCUGCGUAACGGGGACUUCCUGGUGCGCGACUCGCUGGUAAAUGCCACCGACUACGUGCUGACCAGCCGCUGGAACCACGAGGUGCAGCACGCACGCAUCACCAAGGUGCUGGUCAAGAGCAGCGAGACACACGUCCAGUUCGUGCUGGAGGGACUGGAGGGGGAGGCCUUUGACUCGGUGCCCGCGCUUGUGCGAUCCUACGUGGGCAACCGCCGGCCCGUCUCCCCCCAGAGCGGGGCACAGAUCUACUGCCCCAUCAACCGGACCCUGCCGCUACGCUACCUGGAGGCCACCUUCGCACUGGCCAAUGGCAGGCCGGGCGCCACCUACUCGCCAUCCAAUCAGAGAGGGGCGUAUAUUAAGAGGCGGAGUGUGACCAUGACGGAUGGACUGACCACAGAGAAAGCCAUGCCACACAGCCCCUCCACCAUCCACCACCAUAAGGAGUCGAUGAGGAACUGCGCGCUGAGUAUGGACCAGAUCCAGGAGUUCCGUUGCCCCCUCUCUCCCGUCGGAGAGGCGCCUCUGUCCCCCGCAUACAGCGCCGUGUCCCGGCACCGGCACGGCUCUGGCGGUCGCAUCCUGGCCGUCAUCCCCCCGUCGCCGGCCGUCCCCCGCCGCUCCAGCGACCCCCACCUCAGCCCCUCCGCCUCCCACAACAACCUCCACCUGCCUCCCCCCUCCUCCUCCUCCUCCUCCUCCUCCUCCUCUGGAGGUGCCCAGGCCCCCCACCUCCAGGGCCCCGACCUGGCGGGCAGCUACUGCGAGCUCCGACCCACCCCCCCCUGCGCUGCCCCGGGCACCCCGUGCAAGAGCUACGUGGAGCGGCUGCGGGUGGAGGAGGGCAGGGGGGUCCCGGGGCUGGUGGAGCAGGGAGGUGGCCGUGAGGCGGGGGACGUGGCGGCGAGGGAGAGCCUCUUUGCGCUGCCGCAGGUGGAGACGAGCUCGUCGCUGCGUCCGAGCCGCUACCAGUCGGCGCUGCUGCCGGCCGAGAACAAGCCGCUGGAGAUGGCCGUGCUCAAGAGGGUCAAGGAGCUGCUGGCCGAGACGGACGCGCGCACCGCCGCCAUGCACAUCACCAAAACAGACUGCACGGUUGCUAGGAUACUGGGCGUUACCAAGGAGAUGCAGAGGAUGAUGGGAGUGGGGUCUGGGCUGGAGCUGCUGACUCUUCCACAUGGACACCAGCUGAGACUGGACCUACUGGAGAGGUUCUACACCAUGUCCAUCAUGGUGGCGGUGGACAUCCUGGGCUGUACAGGAAGCACGGAGGAGAGGGCCGCCCUCCUGCACAAGACCAUCCAGCUGGCCGCCGAGCUCAAGAGCACCAUGGGAAACAUGUUCGGCUUCGCCGCCGUCAUGAGGGCCCUGGAGCUGCCGCAGAUCUCUCGUCUGGAGCAGACAUGGAUGGCCCUGAGGCAGAGACACACCGAGGGAGCCAUCCUAUAUGAGAAGAAGCUCAAGCCCUUCCUCAAGGCCAUGAACGACGGCAAAGAGAGCUGCGUCCUGUCCAACACCUCCUUCCCACCUGUGGUCCCACUGCUGUCUCUCCUGGAGAGGGGCGUUGCUGUGGGGGAGGGGCUAGAGCCCUGGGAGAGCGUGGAGGCGGGCGUCGACGUGGUGAUGAGUCACCUGGAGGCGGCACGUACCAUUGCCCAUCACGGGGGGAUCUACCGCAGCAAUGCAGAAACAAAACUAAAAGAGCUGCCGGAGCGAGUGGAGCUGCUGGAGAUCUUCUGCACCGAGUUCCAGAUGCGUCUGCUGUGGGGCAGCCGGGGCUCCGAGGGCUCCCAGGCCGAGCGCUACGAGAAGUUCGACAAGGUCCUCACCGCCCUCUCCCACAAGCUGGAGCCGCCCGUCCGCCACAGCGAGCUAUAGCAACCUCCAUAACCCCCCCCCCCUCUCCCUUCUACACAGCACAGAAACCUGCAGUGGUACAAUCCCAUCUGUCCCUCUCCCAUGCACCUAGGUUGGACCAAAACGGGAACGAGGGGGUGUUGAGAGGUACUGUGUAAAAUACUUAACUGAAAUGUGUGGAAGGGGGUAAGGAGAUAGAGAGAGUGAAAAAGGAGAGAGAGAGAGACUGUGUAUCCCAAAACGAGGCACAAAGAGAGGACCGCUCAUAUCACAGCCUUGUCAGGCUGGACCCUUUCCAUCAUCAAGUCACAGAAAUGCAUCAUGGGAAGUCAGGUGAUAAGCCUGAGGAAGAAGUGUGUCAGGAAAACGGUGUGUGGGUGUGUGUUUUCUGAGAGACAAUGAAAGAAUGAAUGAGUGUUACUGUGUCUCACCUGUACCCAUUCCUGGCUUUGGACUAUACUUCCCAUGAUUCCCUGCGUUGUGAAGUUCCUCCCGCUGUUGUCACAGACUAAAACCCUCACAAUAACAGCUACAGAACCUUCCAGAAGCUUUUCCUCAGCGCCAGCUCCCACGGUCAUGUUGAAGUUAAAGUUCAUGUUUUCCUGAUGCUCCACCACCUUAUAGACAUAGUGGAGGAAGACAACGAGGAGAGGACACUUAUCUCUGACAAAGUCACACACACACACACACACACGUCUGAAUGUACGUUGCCAAAUCAUCUAAGUGCAAGCAGAUAUAUCUGAAAGGAAAACUUGUGUGUGUGUGAGUGCACCCUUAUUUGGAUUUUUAAGUGAUUUGAUGGUCAUCUUGCUGAAGGACUUUUCUGUACACUUUACAUCUUGUCUCAUUUACCUGAUUUUCAUAUCUUAUUUUACUCUAUUUUAUCAUCUAUCUCUUCUGUAUUUUGUGAUAAAAAUUGAUUUCCUGCACCACAGGUUUAAUUUCUACCAGGUCAGCAUAUGCCAAAUAACAAUACAUCAGAUGCACACACAGACAGACAGACACACACACACACACACACGAAGAGACACAUACAUCAACAUACACACA